ACGGCACAGUUCGGUCGAGUUCUCUGCACAGCGAACAACAGCUCCAACAUCUGCAAAACACCAACAACCAUGGCCUUCAAGUAUGUCGUGUUCGCCGCUCUGGUGGCUGUUGCCCGCGCUGGAUUGAUUGCCUCGCCCGCUGUCAGCUAUGCCGCUGCGCCGGCCUACGUUGCUGCUGCCCCGGUCGCCAAGGUCGCUUAUGCCGCUGCCCCGAUCGCCAAGGUCGCGUACGCCGCCCAGCCAGAGGAGUACGACGCGAACCCGCAGUACUCGUUCUCGUACGGCAUCUCGGACGCCCUGACCGGAGACUCCAAGUCCCAGCAGGAGUCGCGCAGCGGAGAUGUUGUCCAGGGAUCGUACUCCGUCGUUGACCCCGAUGGCACCAAGCGUACCGUCGAGUACACGGCCGACCCGCACAACGGAUUCAACGCUGUCGUCCACCGUGAGCCGCUGGCCGCCAAGACCAUCGUCGCUGCUGCCCCGGUCGCCACCAAGGUCAUUGCUCAGCCCGCCGUCGCUUAUGCCGCUCCGGUAGCUAAGACCAUCUCGUACGCCGCCCCGGUAGCCAAGACCAUCUCGUACGCCGCUCCGGUCGCUACCAAGACCUACGUCGCGCAGCCGACUCUGUCGUACGCCGCUCCAGUGGCCAAGACCUACGUGUCGCAGCCGGCUCUGUCGUACGCCGCCCCGGCCUACGCUUCCUACCACUAAGCGCCUAAAGACUGUUUGAUGUUGACCAUGUUAUGUUUGACGGAACUGAGAUGAUAUUUAUUGUACAGAUUUGCAAUACACGCUAUGGCAAAAACGAGUUGGAUCUAGCACAGAUCCUUACCUGAAAUCUA